CCGAUAUUUCCGGUAGUUUAUGUUUUGUAAUUUGUAACCGUAACUUGUAAAAUUUGCUUUUGUUCUUGUGUUUACACAUAAAUAAUAUUUCUGCAAUUUUUGCAGUCUAUUUUUAUUUUAUUUGGUGUGUUUUCUUUCAUAUGGCUUAUUGUAAUGGAAGAAAGCACCUUUAGGAAGGUGCGAAAGGACAAAACUGCUAAAACAGAAGCUACAAAUAUGACCAAUAAAAAUAAUGUUUCAUCUCCAAGUUCUGGGAAGGAUAAUGAUAACUCAACCAGCACAAAUGCUCGUCCUAAACUUGUUUUCUUUUGGACCAAUGCUGAAGUCUUAAAGUGGCUGCGUAGACAUUGUGAAGAGUAUCAUACUUUGUAUGCCAGUUUGUUUUUAGAAAAUGAUAUUACUGGUAGAUCUCUGUUAAAAAUGAAUGAUUCUACCUUAGAAAGAAUGGGAAUCAAGGAGAAAACUCAUAGAGAAGUAAUAUGUACAGAAAUACUGAAGUUAAAGUUAAAGAGUGAUAUUCUUGAAUUGAAAGAUUUACAAAAGAAAAAAGGAGAAGCAUUGUAAAUUGCAGGAUUUGUUUCUCAAGAAGAGAAACAUUCUCAUUCAAUAUAUAUCUAAAUAUAUAAAUGCUUUUACCAUGGAAUAGAUAAGUUAUACAUUUGUUGUAUGGAUUUGUGUCCAGAGGAAUAUUUCCAAAACCUCAAAGUCCAUUGUAUUUUAUUUUUAUACAAUAUUUUACAUUUUAUUUUAUAAAACUAUUACCAUUUUUUUGUCUGCAUUUCCAAAUAACUAUUAAUGAAAGCCAAAUUUUGUAUAUGCAUUUAAAAAACCACUGUUCCCUCCUUUCUUUAUAAAAAUUUUUAUCAUGUAAAAAUGUUAAAUAAGAAUUUAUAAUUAAAGAAUAUUUCUCAUGGAGUUAAAUUUUUAGAUAAGAUUUGAAAAGAUAUUUCUAAAAAUUAAAAAUGUAUACACUUCAAAGAAGAAAAAUAUGAUGGUUAGAUUAUUAAAGUUGUGUAAAUAUAUUCUACUUUAUAUUUCCAUGUGUGCGAUAUUCAGAAGGUAUUUAUUAAGCAAGUUAUAAUGCAAGCCAUUCUUUUCAUGACGUAAAGAAAUAUUCAUGCUGAAUACUUUUGCUAUUUAUAUAUUGAAAUUGCUUCAUCCAUAGAAUAAUUAUAAGUUAAUGAUUUUAUCAGUCUCAAUGCUUCAUGUAAACUACAUUUUUAUUGCAAUAUAUGUGUAUGUAUGUGCAUUUUUAAUUAUAGAUAGUUCUAUUUUUGUCUUUACAUUUUGCUUUGGGAACAAAAAUGUUUUAUAUUGAACAUUAUGAAAUCAGAUUCAAUUCAUAUUAAAAUACAGACUACUAAUGUUAUACAAAAAUGUUUUUAUAUUCUUGUUGUUUUAUGCAAUUCAUAUCAGUUGU